AUGCCCAAAUCAAAGCGCAACAAGGUCACAUCCCUGACCAAGACACCCUCGCGAACGACCAAAUCCGCCAAGCACGCAUUGAGCACCGAGAUCCAGAAUGAGAUUGACAAGUACGACCAUGUCUGGUUGUUCUCGGUGGGCGAUAUGAGAAAUGAGAGUCUCAAGGAGGUACGGAGUCAGUGGAGGGGGACAGGGAGGUUAUUUAUGGCGAAAGGGAAGGUGAUGCAGAAGGCGUUGGGAGAGGGGGAAGGGGGAGAGUAUGCAGAGGGGUUGGGAGAGGUUAGUAAGCGCAUAUCAGGCCAGAUGGGCCUCUUCCUCACCUCCCACCCCCCAGCCGACACCCUCGACUGGUUCGCCUCCUUCCACCGUCCCGAAUACGCCCGCCAACACUUCAUCUCCACCCGCACCAUCACCCUUCCCGCCGGACCUAUCCUCUCCCCACUCACCGACGACGCCUCGGGCGACCCCUUCCCCCACUCGAUGGAGCCGCAGUUCCGGCAACUGGGGCUCAAGACGACGCUGGUGAAGGGUGUGCCGAGCUUGAUGGAUGAGCACGUGCUGUGCAGGGAGGGGGAGAAGUUGACGAGUGAAAAGUGCAGGAUUUUGAAGUUGCUGGGUGUGCAGAUGGCCAUUGAAUCAGGGAUGCAGUGGCUAGGCGGUGUCAAGGAGAGGAGGGAAUUCCGGAUACAUCUCGGCAGCAGGUGGACCAAGGGCGAAGGCUUUGUUCCCGGGAACGACGUGCCGCUUCCUGUCCAGGACGGCGACAUGGACGAGGACUAG